AUGAAGAAGACAUUGGCUGGCGGCAAAUUCCGUUUCCUCAACGAGCAGCUCUACACGACCACUGGCGAGGAGGCGUUCGAUCUCUUUCAGUCUAAACCCGAGCUUUUUGACGAAUACCACGAGGGCUUCCGAUCGCAGGUUGAGGCGUGGCCUCAGAACCCCGUUGAUAUUUUUAUUGCUCAGCUGCGACAGAUGCCCAAGGAUACGGUCAUUGCGGAUUUGGGGUGCGGUGAUGCCCAGAUCGCCAAGGAGUUGACCAAGCACAAGGUCCUGUCGUUUGAUCUGGUCGCCAAGAACGAGCGAGUGACCGCGUGUGAUAUUGCACAUCUGCCACUGGAGGACGCCUCAGUGGAUGUGGCCAUCUUCUGCCUGAGUUUGAUGGGCACGGACUUCUUGAAGUUCUUGAAGGAGGCAUUUAGGGUUCUGAAGCCCAAUGGACAACUCAAGAUUUCCGAGGUGAUCAGCCGCUUUACGGAUGUGGAUGCCUUUGUGGCCGCAUUGAAGUCACUAGGUUUUGAGCUCAAGCACUCGGAUUCUUCCAACAAGAUGUUUAUCAUGUUUGAUUUCAUCAAGCCAGACCCUAACGUCCCAAGCAGCAAGAAGAGCAAGAAAGGAAGCAAGAAGCAGAAAGUCCAGGAGGAUUCCCCGGUCGAAGAGAUCAACCCUUCAGAAGGCCCUUCAUUGCUAAAGCCAUGUAUCUACAAGAAGAGGUAG